CUCUGUGUCUGCGCAACGAUUGCAAUUACCAAGUGAAGCUUGCACCCCUGCGGAGUGAUACAAAUCACCCCGCGAACCUGCGUGGCGAUAGGGCCCCGGUUGGCAAUCAGCAAGACAUAGAAGAUAACCACCCUUUCGGUUGGUAGUCAUAUGCGGGAUCCUACCCUGCGGUGCAACAUUUUAAAAUGCAUCGAAACUCUCUCUCAUCAACCAUUCCCAAGCUCAUCAUAGGCGCUUUCGCAGCUUACAACAACUCCCUCCUAGAGUAGCGCAAAACGCACAAUUUCACAGUGCCGCGGAAGAUUCACCCCAACCAGCCGAUAUAGCGAGAUCUACUCAACAUGGCUGUUGACGCAACGCUCCCGCCACCGGCGACGAGCGUGUUGGGGAGCGGGGACCUGCCUGAUGGGCUCGAGGAGAUGUCGGAUGACGAGGCAGCCCUGGCAGCUCUGGGGUACAAGCAACAGUUCAAGCGCGAGUUCUCUGCCUGGACAACUUUCGCCGUGUCGUUUGCCGUCAUGGGGCUUUUGCCGAGUAUCGCGACGACCAUGUGGUAUGGGAUCGGGUACGCGGGUCCGGCGGCGAACACGUGGGGCUGGCUUAUAUCAGUUGUGUUCAUUAUGUGUGUCGCUGCAUCAAUGGCAGAACUAGCUAGCAGCAUGCCUACCUCCGGUGGGCUGUACUACGCAGCGGCCGUCUUAGCAGGGCCGAAAUAUGGUCCGUUCGCAGCUUGGAUAACGGGCUGGAGCAACUGGCUUGUCCAAGUCACAGGGGCGCCCUCAGUGGAUUAUGGGUGUGCUGGUAUGAUUCUCGCUGCGGCCUCGAUCACGAACCCGUCCUAUGUUCCCAACGAAUGGCAGACCUUUCUGCUAACGGUCUUCAUCAUGAUUCUCCACGCGCUCAUUAGCAGUAUGCCUACGUUGUGGAUAGCGCAAUUCAAUUCCGUUGGGACAGUGAUAAACAUCGCUUGUCUUGUCGUGACCAUCAUCAUCAUCCCAGCAGCUGCAAUCAGCCAGCCCAAGUUCCAGCCCAAUGAGGUAGCGUGGGGGGUUCAGAACUUUACCGAGUUUCCCGAUGGUAUCGCGGUGCUGAUGAGCUUCCUCGCUAUUAUUUGGACUACAUCGGGGUUCGAUGCAUCGUACCACUUGUCGGAGGAGUGCUCGAACGCGGCUAUCGCCACACCGCGCUCAAUCAUCAUGACUGCUGGGUCCGGCUCCGUUAUGGGAUUCUUCCUGAACCUCGUGAUAGCGUACACCAUCACCGACGUAGGUGAGGUGAUGGAAAGUGAUCUCGGCCAACCCUGGGCAGCCUACCUAAUCCAGAUCCUCCCCCAACCUGUAGCCCUGGCCGUUCUGGCCAUGACAAUCAUCUGCGCCUUCAGUAUGGGCCAGGGGUGCAUGGUGGCCGCGAGCCGCGUGUGCUUCGCCUACGCGCGAGAUGAUUGUUUUGGCUACUUGAGCCCUGCGCUUAAAAAGGUCAACCGACAUACUCUCACGCCUGUCAACGCCGUCUGGUUCAACACUUUCAUAGGGGUGUUGCUCAUGUUGCUCAUCUUCGGCGGUGUGGCCAUUGGGGCCAUCUUCUCUAUUGGAGCCCUUGGCUCGUACAUAGCGUUCACGACCCCUAUUUUGAUUAAGACGGUCUUUGUGGGGAAUAAUUUCCGGAGAGGCCCUUGGCAUCUGGGAAAAUUCAGUAUGGCGUUGGGGAUCUUGUCGUGCUGCUUUGUGUUGGUUAUGUUGCCGAUUUUGUGUUUUCCCACGGUUACUGGGGAUGAUCUAACGCCCGAGUUGAUGAACUGGACAUCUUUGGUUUACUUUGGGCCGAUGCUCUUCAUCGUCAUUUGGUUCUUCGUCGACGCCCAUAAGUGGUUCAAGGGGCCAAAGAUCAACAUCGAGCAUCACAUGUUACAUCAGGAUCUAAGGACGCAUCCAGGGGUGGUUGGUGUCGACCCUAAGGCGGAUGAAGGCGAUGAUCAGGGAUCCACAGACAAGACUUCACCGGUUUAGCCAGAUCAAGCGUCUCGUUACAGCUGCCAGUGGAUAUGGUUCAGAUAACUCUGUCGAGGGUGAUGGAUCAUAGUUGUUCCAUUAUGAAGGAAUUGACACCCAAAGCCUUUGACAAAUUUUGGCCAAACUCUGAAAUUUUGAUGAACUUGAAGACACUAAUAUCACAAAUGCCACCAAGAGAGUUUUAGGUCUUUGAAACAUCUUCUCAAAGACUGAGCAAAUCUUCCCUACAGCUAAGUUCUAAA